UUUUCAGCCAACCUGCUCUCCGUGCUCUCAGUGCUCUUGUUCCGCCAUGACGUCUGGGGCUGGAGAGGAGCCGUCCUGGCGCCAGAGCGAAGGGGAAGUUCUAUUUGAAAUGCUGGACAAAGACAAGGACGGCUUUCUCAAUCAAAAGGAGGCGCGGACGUGGCUGCGAAGCCUUGGCUGGUGCCUGGUGGAUGAGGCCUUGGACACGCUCUUGAAGGAGGCACAGACGGAGGCACCGAGGAAGAAGGACAUCUCAUCUCCAGACCACAAGAAGUGGGUACUACCUGAGCUGAUCAAUGCUGUAGAUCUUGGCCAGGAUCUUUGUGGGCCUCAUCCAGAGGCGCUGCAAAGUGCAUUCAGAGCACUGGGCGCACAGAGCACCUGUUCCAAGGACUGCUUCAAGCAGCUCGCAACAGGUGUGGUUUCAACAACAACUCACCAGGAAAGACUUGAAGCAUGUACGGUACAUGUCGAAAAUUCUUCGAAUCAGGUUUUGAUGAAUGUUUUUGAUGAUCUUUGAUCUAUUGAACGUUGACAAACCAAGUUUUUUUUCCCUGAUUAUCAAUAAAUCGCCAGAAUGAACCUUCAUUAAACCAUAUUUUUUAUUAUUAUCAAACCAUAGGUUUGUUUUUUCUGAUCCAUUUCUGCAGCAUGAGGCCAUGAAGGUGGCCUCACCGAGGCGGAUGUGGAGGAUCUGUUUGCGCUUUGUGGCGUACCAGCUACUCAGCGGCAAGCUCCGACAUCUGCUCUGAUGAGUGGCUUGGUGGAUUGCAUUUGUCAACCCAAGGCUCACCUACACAGAGGUGUCUUGGGCCACACGCGCCAUUUCCUUGGUUGAAUGUGAAUCCAACAAAGGCGUGGAUAGGAAAAGGAACUUGAUUGCAUCCGUGUCUUAUUGGCGUUUCCAAUUGAAUCCCUUUCAAAGACGGAAAGCUGGGACUUGUGAUGGUUUUCGACCUGUGAGUGUCUGCAAAGCAGACCAGGCAUUGGUUGUAGUGAGCGUGUCUCUGGAAAAA